CCAAGCCCGGAGAGCCGGAAGAAGUCUGCUCCCUGUUGUGAACUGAGGCCCCCGCCGGACUCAGACCGAGCCCCCCUGGCUCUUCCCAGUCCCCUGUGCACAGCGGGGCCAGCCCCGAAGCCGCCCGCAGAAGGGAGACCCCUGGACAGAACGGAGAAUUUCAGCUCCGCUUUCAAACGGGACUUCUCCGAGCUCGCCGCUCCCAGGGCCAGCGCUGUGAGCCCAAAGGACUGCUCCGCCCACGGAUACCUCACCGCCUCCAACUCCCAGCCCCAGCCCCCUGGGCACGAGCCGGACGACGACAAGGAGCAGAGCCAAGGCAAGACGCUAGCGGACAAAGGGGCCAACGGGCGGGGCGCUGAGGGCGGGGCGGAGGGCUGCCUCCCGUUCCGCGCCUUCCCCGAGGAGGGCUGGGACUCGGGGUUCCCCGUCAGCCCCCCCCGGAGAGCGGACAAGGAGAACGCUUUACAGUGCAGCUCCAAAGCUGCUCUGCUCCAGGAGCUAGAAACCAGCGAACAAGAUGCAAGACCAAAGCAAGAAAGCCACCUCCACGCCCUGGGCAAGACGCGGGCGGGCGGGCACGGCCACGCGGGCGACAAGAGUCCCUGUGAGGGGUGGCUGGGCCCUGCGCCCGCGCCCGCCGUGCACAAAGCCUCCGGCGGCCGCUCCCGCACCAAGGCCCGG